AAAAAGAUACGCCCCCUCUUCCUCCUCCAUCUUCGACGCCCAAAAUCACCCGAUCGAUCGUCUUCUACACUCCCUCCUCUCCCUCCCCCUAAAAUCACUUCCGCAAUCGAUCGAACGAGGAUGUCGGCGCCGGCGUCCUCGUCGUCGUCUCUGUCGACCACCAACAUCAUGCUCGCCAUCUUCGAGAAGAAGACGGCGGCCGUCGACCUCUACCGCCCCGUCCGCUCCUACAUCGCCUUCCACUACUCCGAGCGCGAGGCCCAGAACCUGGAGGACGACCUCCAGGCCCUCCGCGACCUCCGCUCCGACCUCGAGAACCCCGCCAAGCAGCCCUCCCCCACCGCCCGCCGCGACGUCCUCCAGUCCUACUUCCGCGCCCUCUGCGUCGUCGAGACCCGCUUCCCGAUCUCCCCCGACCGGGACCACAUCAACGCCGUCACCUUCACCUGGCACGACGCCUUCAAGCAGAAGCUCAAGGCCUCCCAGCAGAACAUCCACCUCGAGAAGGCCGCCGUCCUCUUCAACCUCGGCGCCGUCUACAGCCAGAUCGGCCUCAGCUACGAUCGCUCCACCGUCGAGGGGCGCCGCCUCGCCGUCCAGGCCUUCAUCGGCGCCGCGGGGGCCUUCGCCUACCUCAGGGACAACGCCGCCGCCAAGGCCUCCAUGGGCAGCUCCACCACGGUGGACGUGUCCAUCGAGUGCGCCGGGAUGCUGGAGAGGCUGAUGCUCGCCCAGGCGCAGGAGUGCGUGUUCGAGAACACCAUCGCCAAGGGGAGCACCCCUGGAGUGUGCGCGAAGAUCUCUCGGCAGGUUGGAUUGUACUAUGAAGAAGCAUGGGCAGCUCUAAAUGUGGCACCUUUGAACCAACAUUUUGACAAGGGCUGGAUAUCCCACGUGCAGCUGAAGGCAGCUUUGUUCUAUGCAGAAGCAUGCUAUAGAUAUGGUUUAGAACUGCAUGAGAAGGAAGAGAUUGCUGAUGAGAUUGCAAGGCUCCGGAGUGGGGUUAGUACUUUAUCAGAGGCGAAGAAAUCGACAAAAGGUGCACCACCUCAACUUUUAGAUGCAAUUAACAAGUUAGAGGCAAACAUUAAUAGAAACCUGGAUAGGGCGGUCAAGGAAAAUGACAGAGUUUACCUUAUGAGGAUUCCUUCCCCUAGUUCCUUGCCACCCCUCCCAUCAUUCUCUAUGGUUAAGCCAAUGCCGAUGAAUGAGGUUUUGGAUGCCAGCAAGGAGAAGAUGUUUGCAAGUCUUGUCCCUGAUAGCAGUGCAAAAGCACUUUCUAGGUACACUGAAAUGGUUGAUGAUAUUAUUCGAACUCAAGCUGAAAAGUUGCAGCAAGGAAGUGAACUUACCCGUGUGAGGCUCAAGGAUAUGGACCUACCAGAUUCUAUACUAGCUCUAGAAGGGCACUUCACUCUUCCAGUGGAUCUCAAAGAAGAUGUGGAGGCAGUACAGAUCAGUGGGGGUCCAGCUGGUCUUGAUGCUGAAUUACAGCAGCUUCGGGAUCUGAGGCGAGUGAAUCAAGAGCUCUUGGUUCAAACCGAAGAGCUUCUGCAAAAAGAAGCCAGAGAGGAUGCCCAAUUUAGGGGCCAAUUUGGAACACGUUGGACCAGGCCUCAAUCCAGUACUCUAACGAAGAAUUUGCAAGAUCGGUUAAACAGAUUUGCAGGUAAUCUGAAGCAAGCAGCAGAAAGUGAUGCCCGUAUCGAGCGUUCAGUGAAAGACCAUGCAGCACUCAUGUCAAUUCUUGAUUGUCGGCCGAUUGAAUCAGCUCUCCCAAGUUUGGCUCGCCCGAUAAUGUCUUUGGAUGCGAAUGAAGAUGCUGUUGUGGGGGCCCUAAAGCAGAGCUUGAGACAAUUGGAAACCCUUGGUGCACAGAGAGCAGGGCUUGAAGACAUGCUCAAGGAGAUGAAAAGGAAGGAUGAUAUACUGCCAAAGUUGAUGGCAUCGACCGGCUCUCAGGAAGACCUCUUUAAGAAGGAGGUAUCAAAGUAUGAUCCUAUUUGUGAAGACAUUGCCCAAAACAUUGAGGCACAAGAGCAAUUAUUGUUUCAAAUCCAGGCUCAAAAUGAUCAAUUUUCUUCCCUUUUCAACCUUGAAGAUUACAAAGCAUCACGCGAGAAAUGUUAUAAGCAAAUUCAAGCUGCAAUAGCUAAAUAUCGAGAAAUCAAGGAGAAUAUCAAUGAGGGGUUGAAGUUCUAUGUCACUCUUCAGGAUGCAAUAACAAAUGUGAAGCAGCAGUGCAGCGAUUUUGUGAUGACAAGAAACAUCCAAUGCCGUGAAAUGAUGGAGGAUGUACAAAGAAAUAUGGCUGGUCUCAGUUUCCAGGAUAAAAAUGCUGGUGGAUACAACAACAGCUAUCCUGCAGUUGGACACCAGCCUCAAAGACCCAAUUCAACUGAUUCCCAAACUGUAUCUCGUCCUCCUCAUUCACAAACUCCUCCUUAUCAGCCUGCCGAGCAGACCUCCAUGACUGGCUAUGGAUACCAUCCUCCAUCAUAUGGCUCUGCUCCGCAGCCACCACCACCUUACCAGGUUCCAGCUCAACAUGGUGCCCCUUACCCCCCUCAUCAACAGCAACAGCCUCCUCCGGUCAGCCACGAGUAUGGCCAACCUGCAUAUCCUGGGUGGCGUGGGCCAUACUACAAUGCCCAUGCUCAGCAACAUGGUUCUCUUCCAAGGCCUCCGUACACUGUUCAGCCUCCGUACCCGCCAUCUCACCAGGGUGGCUACUACAGGCCACAAUAGGCUUGCCAGGGACAUGCCCUUCUUUUUCCUGUCUUGUUUGGUAUAUGCUACUUGACUAUCGUUGCUCCUAUCCUGGAACUUUUCCUGAGGAUCGAAUCUAGUUAGUGUUCACUGUUCUGUCUUUAUGUCCAUUUAUCAUCAAGGUAUUCUUUCCUGUGUAUUAUCGUUGAGUUGUGCUAUACAGAGUGAAUUCUGUAAGUAGCUCAUUUUAAGGAUUUUGGGUUGUAUAGGGCUGGUGGCUGGUUUAAUAUAUGAGCAAUAAAUGAAGCAAAUUAUCGUUCUCCUGUCCAAA